AUGACUUUCCAGUACAUCAAUGUGAUUGAUGAAUCUUUCGACACCACGUUGGACUGGGACCAGCUUGAUGCUAUUGUGGUACAAAAUCGUAUUAGAAUGCUGCGUAACCGGUCCGUGAGACUUCCUUCACAGUUAUGGGUAAGUACAAUGCCUCUUCCGAACUAUAGCCCACCACCACAAGAAAAGUUCCACCUCUUGGGAGAGCUGCUCAAUAGGCCUGUUCCGGUGAAACCUAUGUUGCCCCCGUUUGCGACCAACACCCAGAUGUGCAAUUAUGUGCACAAAAAGUACAUUUAUUCGCAGCACUUGAUGGAACAGCUACAAAGGCAGAACUCGUACCACAAUAAGUACGUAGAGAGUCUAAGACGGACGAAGUUGAAACACCACCACGACACGGAGUUAAGCAGAAGAUUAUCGAGAAGAGUCAUGUAG